AUGAAGCGGCGCAAUGCGGACUGCAGCAAACUCCGACGGCCGAUAAAACGGAACCGAAUCACCGAGGGUAUAUAUAGCAGUACGUUCCUGUACCUGAAGUUCCUGGUGGUGUGGGUGUUAGUUCUGCUGGCCGACUUUGUUCUGGAGUUCAGGUUUGAAUACCUGUGGCCCUUCUGGCUUUUCAUUCGAAGUGUUUAUGACUCCUUCAGGUAUCAGGGACUGGCGUUCUCUGUCUUCUUCGUAUGUGUGGCGUUCACAUCAGACAUCAUUUGCCUCCUCUUCAUCCCCGUCCAAUGGUUGUUUUUCGCUGCCAGCACCUACGUAUGGGUCCAGUAUGUCUGGCACACAGAGAGAGGAGUCUGUCUACCCACUGUAUCACUGUGGAUCCUGUUUGUGUAUAUCGAAGCUGCCAUACGGUUCAAAGAUCUGAAGAACUUUCACGUGGACCUGUGUCGCCCCUUUGCUGCUCACUGCAUCGGCUAUCCAGUGGUGACUCUGGGCUUUGGCUUUAAGAGCUACGUUAGCUACAAGAUGCGACUGAGGAAACAGAAGGAGGUGCAGAAGGAGAACGAAUUCUACAUGCAGCUUCUACAGCAGGCUUUACCUCCAGAGCAACAGAUGCUGCAGAGACAGGAGCGGGAGGCAGAGGAGGCUGCUCUAGCUAAAGGGAUCUCCGAGGUAGAACCCUCAGUAAUAUCGCAAAACGGAGCACCUCCGGGAAAGAAAAGCACCACAGCCCUGUUGCCAGAACUGGAGUACCGGGAAAAAGGGAAGGACAGUACUGGAAAAGAGCGUGAGGGCAAAAAACAAAACACAAUUGGAAUCAAUAACAACAGUAUUAUACAUGCACUGGACUCCAAACUACAGGAGACAGAGUAUAUAGAGAACUACGCCGGGGCAAAGAGACUGAAUAACGACCUGGCAGGAGAAAGCAACCACGCUGAUGCCAACACACACUCUACUUCUAAAGAGGAAAUGGCGGGGGCUGGGAAGAACUACAAAAAUGCCAGCGGAGGCGGGGGUAACAUUUCCAACUCCUCUCCGCGAAAUCACAGUUCUUCAAAUGGCAGCGUGCCGCCGGGUUCUUCGACCAAUAAGAACGAGAAGAAGCAGAAGGGGGCAGGGAAGGGGCAGAAGGACCCAGUGGAGAACUGCAUCCCCAACAACCAGCUGGGCAAGCCGGACGCUCUCGUACGGCUGGAGCAGGAUGUGAAGCGUCUGAAGGCAGAUCUUCAGGCCAACAGGCAGUUGGAGUCAGAGCUGCGGAGUCAGCUUUCCUCUCUGAGCAGCCAGGACCGCAGCCUACGCUCUGAGCUUGGCCAGCUCCGCCAGGACAACGAGCUGCUACAGAGCAAGCUCCACAGUGCCGUCCAGGCCAAGCAGAAGGAUAAGCAGACCAUCUCUCAGCUGGAGAAGAGGCUAAAGGCCGAGCAGGAGGCUCGCGCCCUCGCUGAGAAACAGCUGGCCGAGGAGAGGAAGAGGAAGAAGAUGGAAGAGGCCACUGCUGCCAGAGCUGUGGCAUUAGCCGCUGCCACCAGAGUGGAGUCAACCGACUCUCUGCGUGGUCGUAUCAGAGAGCUGGAGACAGAGUGUAAGAAGCUCAGCAUGGACAUGAAACUUAAGGAGGAGCAGAUAAGGGAUCUGGAGGGCAAGUGUCAGGAGCUGCGGAAGUACAAAGAGAACGAGAAGGACACAGAGGUGUUGAUGUCAGCGUUGUCAGCCAUGCAGGAGAAGACCCAGCACCUGGAGAACAGCCUGAGCGCUGAGACCAGGAUCAAACUGGACCUCUUCUCUGCACUGGGGGAUGCCAAGAGACAGCUGGAGAUAGCACAAGGCCAGAUCCACCAGAGGGAGCAGGAGAUCGCCGAGCUGAAGCAGAAGAUAGCAGAGGUGAUGGCAGUGAUGCCCAGCCUGUCUUACUCAUCAGAUGGCAGCAACCUCAGCCCCGUCACCCCUCACUACUCCUCCAAGUUCAUGGACAAUAGUCCCUCCUCCCUGGACCCCAACGCCUCAGUCUACCAACCCCUCAAAAAGUGACUGUGACGCCCCACACUUUUCUUUUUUUCUUUUUUUUUGUCAGACAGAACUUUGUCUUUUUCUUUAUCUCGGUGAAGCUCUCGGUUCCAGGUUUUGAGUUAUUUUUGAGUUUGUCAGCCCCUGACAGUUUUUGCACUGUUACCCUACCACAUAAUGACACGCCCACACACAGUGCAACCCCUCCAUACAUAUGUGCGUUUGGCUCCUUUUUUCUUUUGGUUCUAUUAUGAGAACUAUUAUUUUGAAAGGGGUUGUGUACAAUAUGACUUUUAUUUUGUUGUUUUGAGUUUUGGGAUUUAGCCAUUAGACAGCGUGAUCUGUUUGAAGGGGGAGAAAGGAACACAAUUUGUUGGCCAAAAUGUCUCAAAAAGAGCCAUCAUGCAUUGCUUUAUGUCGGUCUUCUUUUGGUGUCAGUAUAACCACACCACCGCCUCCCCCACAGCCAUUUUUUUUUUUCCUUAUAUUGAACAGACACCCAGACUUUUCAUUUAAAAAAUAAUCCGCUUUUUUAUCAGUUCAGAUUGGAGUCUUGAAACUCACCUGUAAAGUAAAGCCCUGUGAAAGAUACAUGAAUGUAAAACUUCUUCAUGUUUUGCUAUCACCAUUAACUUAAGUCAGUGAUUGUUUUGUUUUGUAAAUGUUUCGGCUGAGUUCUGACAAUGUGCAUUUCUUCUAAAACAGUGAUAUUGAACAGAUAAACAUUUGCUGUGUUCUUCAGAUAUUCCAAUACAAUUUGUUCUCUUAGUGCUGGAAAAGUGAGGUCUCCAGGAUUAUCAGUAAGUGGAUGAAACCGAUGGAGUUUUGUCCUUUUUUAAAAAAAAAAGAAAAAGAAAUUUGCGAGAUUCGACCUGGCACUGCCAAAAUGUCGCAUUAACGUUUCACCUGUUUGCUGUAGAUGCCUUUCCUCUCCCUGUGGACCAAAUUAGAACCCGUUAGGCCAUAUCGUUCACUGGAUUUAAUGAUGUCGAGGUAACCAGUCGUUACCAUUAUUUGCAGAUUUUACAGUGCCUUGCAGUUUUGUCUUUUUAAGAUGCAAAAGCCACAUACUUUGCAAUCCUGGGAUCGAAAAGCAUCAAGCCUCAAAGCCUCAUUAUUUCUCUCUCUAGCUCUGAUUUUUCUCACACACUCUUUCAAUUCAGUAUUCAAAGGAUUUUAAAAAAAAGCAAGUGACACACACAUUAAAUCUUUUUUUUUUUUUUUCUCCAACAAAUUGAUCACAGUGUUACACACUUUAAGGGAAAACAUAACACUGGACAUGGUGCAUGUCAUCACAUUGGGACACAGUCUUGGUAUGCCAAACACCAACCAAACUGUCUAUUAUCGUGCCCUGAAGUUGGCGUUUAGUUGUUUACAACGAUGUACAUUAACUUACUGAGGAAUGUUUUCUUUGUUUAUUUCAGUUGAGUUUUGAAGUGCCACGUGUUGAUGUUCAGUUUCCAUCCAUACUUGGAUCGAUGUAGCUAGCAUAAUGUUUGCAGAAGAGUGCUGUUAUUCUUUUAUUUUUAUGUCAUUAGAACAUAUUCGGAUGGUGUUGUGUUUACAAAGUUCUGGGCUGAUCAUGAUGAAGCAGCAGGUGGUCAGUUGGACUGAUUGUGUUAUUCGCACAUUUAUUUAUUUGUUUCAGACUUGACUUAGGUUGAGUGACACCUCCUCGAUAUUUCCCAUCAUGUUCAGUUGAUUUCCUAUAUUUUCUACCAGGAAGGAUUCUGUGAAUGUGUUGUGUUGGGAUAAGGUUACCCCUGAACCAUUUGACCAUGUCGUGCUGUCAUGUCGCCUACCUGGGGAAAAAAAAAAGUAUUUUUUCGUGGAUCGCUUUUGGUGUUGUGAAUUCAGUUCUCAAGUUGCUUUUAUAAGUUUGUGUAGAAGGAAGAGAAGGUUUUUAAAAAAGUGCUUUGUUUUAUCUUUUCAUUGUUCCACUUAUUUUCUUUAACCCGAAGUGACGGUGGCUGUGUCACACUUUUCACUUUGGCCAUCACUAUUAAAGAAAGUCUUGCUUGUGGCAACGCAAGCUGUCCA